AUGCACUUGACACUUGGCAAUUUUGCCAACAUAGUAUCACAGUACGAACACGAGCUCGAUGCCUGUGCAGAGUCUCGUUCUACCAAUGCCAACCCGUUCCUACAAAGUCUCAUACUACAGAAAAUCCAACACGAUCUUCCUCGGCUACUACGAGCCGUGAAUGACCACAAGACCACCACGGCGGGCCAGCUGCUAUUCACAAGAUUACAUGAGCUUUCUGACUCUGUGGAUGAGCAGUUGUACGAGCAAAAGAAGGCAGAUGCCCUGUUUUUGGAUAGGUAUAAAACGAACACUACCGUAGACCCGGCUGCCGACACGAUUGGCCCAAUGCCAACCGAUACCCCGCAACCCACAGAUGACGAUAACUACGCUUCCUUGCGCAAGCGCUUGCUCGCGGAUGGGGCUGCCACUUCGUUGGACAACGAUGCAAAUGCCUCGAACGAACAGAUGAACAAUUACCACGAAACGUUCCAGGAAGACUUGCUUAGCGACUUGACCGGUUUGGCAUCCACGCUCAAGAAUUCCGCUCUUUCGCUCUCCGCCAAAAUCGCUGAUGACGCCCACUUGGUUUCGGAGACUGGUGAGUCCAUGAUGAGGAGUCUGACGUUGAUGCUGAGUGUGGGCACUAAUCUCAAUGCGUACUUUUCGGAGAAGACGGGCGGGAAGAUCACGGUUUUCUUCAUGAUCAAGACGAUGGCGUUCGUCUUUGUCUUGUUCUUCCUCAUGGUGGUGAUUGCGAAGAUCCUCCCCAAAAUGUGA